AUGGCGUCUCUGGUCCUCGGAGAUCCUCCUAUCUCUUCCCAAUUGCUAACUAUCCCAUCUUGCAAAUCUUUCUCUAGGUCCAAAACCCUAGGUGCAUCGCUCUCCGCUCCUUCGAUUUCUUCUCUCUCGAUUUCUACUACAAUUCCUCUUCCAACAUUCGAACAACUCCACAAGGCCCAAUUCGUCUACCUACUACUAGGAAGAAAUGAGGGUUUCGGAGUGGAGGACACCUUUGAUGCUAAAGAACAAGCACAAAGGGAAAAGACCUCCGAGGCAACUGUUUCUCUGUCUCCAACAAAGAAAGAUCAGUUUGAGGAUGAUGCAAGUGUCAAGAUUGAAAUUGACGAGUCUUUCUAG